CUAGGAUUGCGGAACUGGCUGGCCUCGGUUCUCUCCCGACUUCUGCAUCUCGAUACUGUGCCCCUCUGACAGGCCUUCUCGCCUACCGGGUAAAGUUCUUUGGCUGAGAUGGAUGACAACAGUAUUAACAGAGAACUGAAGCAGAAAUUAAACUUCUCCUGUUGUGAGGAAGAGAGUGAGAACAAAGAGCAGAAGGAAGCACCGGAGGGCUGGGAGGCCCAGACCCUCACCCCAGAGCAGUCUGUACCCAAGGAUUCAGAGGCCCUGUUUACACCACCCAGGACACCCCUGAGGGACGCACACGGACUCCACACAUUUCAGGAAAAAGCCAAAGUGAGUCCAGAGCCUGGUUUUGGGACCCUGGUGUCAGAACCACCCAAGUGUCCUACAACACCAGCCCAGCCAGAUGACAGAAGCAAGCUGCUGUACUGCGAGAGUCCUGUCACUCCCAAAGGCCAGCCAAGCCAGUCCAUGAUUUCUUCAACAGGGAAGCUGCCCUCCCGAGGCUCUAAGCAUUUUAGGCUCACACCUGUCUCCGUAACAGAUGAAAUGACCUCAUUAGCCCUGGUUAAUAUUAAUCCCUUCACCCCAGAGUCCUAUAGAAAAGAGUUCCAUCAAUCCAGUGGCAAGAGGAAAAUCCGAGGAGAUCUCGAGGAAGCUGAUCCAGAGGAAGGCAAAGUAGAAGGGCUGCCUGCCAAGAGAUAUGUUCUACGAGAAACCAACAUGACUUCCCGUUAUGAAAAAGAAUUCAUGGAGGUAGAAAAGAUUGGAGUUGGGGAAUUUGGUACAGUCUACAAGUGCAUUAAGAGGCUGGAUGGAUGUGUCUAUGCAAUAAAACGCUCCACGAACUCUUUUGCAGAAUUAUCCAAUGAGAAUUCGGUUUUGCAUGAAGUUUAUGCUCAUGCGGUACUUGGCCAUCACCCCCAUGUGGUACGUUACUACUCUGCAUGGGUAGAGGAUGACCACAUGAUCAUUCAGAAUGAAUACUGCAAUGGUGGGAGCUUACAGGCUGCUAUAUCUGAAAACACGAAGUCUGGCAAUCACUUUGAAGAGCCAAAACUCAAAGACAUCCUUCUGCAGAUUUCUCUUGGGCUCAAGUACAUCCACAAUGCUGGCAUGGUGCACCUGGACAUCAAACCGAGUAACAUCUUCAUUUGUCAUCAGAUACAAAGGGACUCUCCUAUAGUCCAAGAAGACAUUGAAAAUGAUGCUGAUUGGUUUCUCUCUACCAAUGUGAUAUACAAAAUUGGAGACUUGGGUCUUGCAACAUCAAUAAGUGAACCCAAAGUGGAAGAGGGAGAUAUUCACUUCCUGGCUAAAGAGAUUUUGCAAGAGGAUUAUCAGCAUCUCCCUAAAGGAGACAUAUUUGCCUUGGGAUUAACAAUGGCAAUGGCCGCAGGAGCAGAGUCAUUACCCAGCAAUGGUGCCGAGUGGCAUCAUAUCCGAGAGGGUAACCUUCCACACAUUCCUCAGGAGCUCUCAGAAGAAUUGUACAAUCUGCUCAAGAACAUGAUCCACCCUGAUCCCAGGGAGAGACCCUCUGCAGCAGUUCUGGCCAGAAGUCGGGUUCUCCGUCCCACCCUGGGGAAAACAGAAGAGCUCCAGCAGCAGCUCAACUUGGAAAGGAUGAAGACAGCCACACUGGAAAGGGAACUGAGAGAAGCCCAGCGGGUCUGCGAGCCCCGGAAAGGCCACAGUGACUCUGAGGUCUCGGGGACCCAUACAAGAUCAGGAAGCACCAAACGGCUAGUGGGAGGAAAGAGUGCAAAGUCUUCAAGCUUCACCCGUGGGGAUUCUUCCUCAUAAGAAUUCAGUUCACAUCAACCCACAAUAUACGUUAACCAUGCCAAACUCCCUCUUGUUAAAGGAAAGCUUAACCCACUUCAAUACCCAAAGAUGUCGAAAGCUACUCCUAAUUUAGCAUUUAUAGCCAAGAUACUAAAGCUAUUGAGGCCUUUAUUAGCAAGGGUCUCCAGUACCAUUAUCUCCUCUAUUGUUAUAUUCCUAACACCACCUAUCCAUAGAUCAUUUCUCACAUUCAUUGGACACAAUGGGAAAGCAUGAGCUUCUGAACGGACGGAAGAGAAGGAACCAGCCCUCAGUGCAGCCCAUGGACUAAGACGUUGCUCUAGUUAAUUACCUAUGAAGGAUCCCAGUGACUCUUCCUGCACAUUGAAAAAAAAUACAAUUUUGUUGAGUUGUAACAGCUUACAAGAAAAUGCACCUGGAUUUCAACAAACGUUCCCCGGGUUAUCUGAUGGUAUUUGUAAAAGAAUUCUCAACCACUUUAGUUUUCCUACUGUGUUCUCUGAAUAGAGACCAUCACCUCCUUUGAUAUUGUAUUUAUUAAAUAUAAAUGACUUCACCAUUAUUUGAGAUGGAUAGAAAUAAGGCUAUACAUAACUUGAUAUUUCUGAGCUGGCUAUUAACUUAUAGGACAAAAACACUGGUUAGGAGUAUGAAGGAAAUUUGAUGUGAUUGUUCUCCCUCCGUCUAUUUGUCCUGACCCUGCUGUAACUGUUAUGACUGGUUUUGGUUUUCUGGGUGUCACCAAUUUCUCCUUGAUUUGAUAAGAAUUUGGCUUUGUUUCCUGUGAUUUUUAUCAUAUUUUAUCUAAAUCCUUUUUCCUGUAUAUAUAUAUUUUUUAAAGGAAUAGAAUAUUUGUAAAUAAAGGUUUUUAUCGUGUCCAAAGCCAAAUAUGGGGAAAGCACUCUUCUUUGUAAUAUGGAACUAACAAAGAGUGAGAAAUUUAUGUUGGAAAGGAUUUCAUGAGUAGAUAGAUAGGUGAGACAAUUUGGUAGGCUUGUACUAAUAGGUCUGCUUCGAGCCUCAACUUCACAGGCCCAGAAGCUUAUAAUGGCCAAGCUAUAAUAUAAAAUAAUAUUGGUCAUAAAGGCAUUUGCUAAUUACGUCAUAUUAAUAAAUGUAGCCUGUAAAUAGUUUGUAAGGCCUUUUUUCCUGCCUUAUUUUCUUUUGCCUUAAA